AUGCAAUGCUUCGUUACCAAGAUGGUCGAGUUGUUCAUCGCGAAAACUACCAAAAACUCGACCAAGGUCGCCGAGACUGUCACCCUUGGACCUGUUUUGCAGAGAGAGCCCUACCGCAAGCUGCUCUCUGGGUUCAUCCGUGACUUUGACGAGGUUCGCAUUCUGGACGUUAACCUGCUCCAAGGUCUUGUCCAGCUGGUCCAGUCUGCCUCGCCUGGGUUUCUCAUUUCUGACAACUUGGUUAAGGUCCUCAGCGUCCUCAGGACCCAUUUGGAGGGCACGCACCAGCACUCGUCUGAGAACCUUUGCCACCUCACUUUAGCUAAGGAGGAGCAUUGA